UACAAAAAGAAAAAAAAAAACAAAUAAAACGAAACUUUAAAAACUUUCUUUUACGUAAAUAAUAAUAAAUAUACAUAUAUUAACUAUAUAAAUAUAUUAUUUUAAGUUCAUUUAUUAUGUCUCGAGAAGAAGAUGUUGAAAGAAUACCAUUACUUCGAGGUGCUUAUCACAAUUUAAAUAAUAUUAAUAAUCAAAACAACCGUCGUAGUUAUAUUAGUUAUUUAGGUUUUGGAUUUAUAAUUUUAGCAACAUUAUUGUUGUUAAUUAAUAUAAGUUUUUAUUUUAUUGAAUCGAAUGAGGAAAUCUUAACAAAGGGAAUACCAAAUAUUCCGUAUGAAUAUAAUUUAGGAUUAAAAAGUGAUAAUUGGAUAGGAUAUAAUAAAUUUGAUUAUGUGAUCGAAACUUCACCACCAAAUGAUCCAACUUUCUCAAAUUUAUUCACAAAUUCUACUGAAGAUUCAACAUCACAAGAUCGAUUGAAAAUAGCGGAAAUUAUAGCUAGAAAUCAUAAAGCAUGGAAUCCUGCUUAUUAUGAAGUUAGAGAAGAAAGACAUAAUCCUCAUAAGAAUUAUACUGUAUUAACAACAAAAUCACAUAUGAGAGGAUUAUGGUUUGUUAUUUGGCCACCAAAGGUUCAUAUUUCUUUUACAUCAAUUGGUGAUGAUAGUAAAAAUAAGGAUAAAAAUGACGGAGGUAGAAAAACAAGAUUUAUUAAAGAUGAUGAUCAAGAAAAAAUUUUAAAAUGUGAUUAUGAAAUAAAAUGGAAUUAUAAAUAUUUUGGUGAAAUUUAUCGUAAAUGUCCAAAUCAAGAAAAAUGGGUUAAUAUUGCUUACGUUAAAGGAUCUAGUGAAUGGGGAAUGCAAUGGCUUGAUCCGGACAGAAUUGAGACAUAUGGUAUUGUUACUAAACCAUCUCAAGGAAGACAGAUGAGAAAUGUUGUGAUUCGUCCUGAUUCUCCAUUUCCACCUAUUCUUCCCGCUUUGUAUGUGGCAUAUUUUGAUCGAAUUAUUAAUAAAGGAGAUCCUGAGGGUCGAACAAAUUUAUUUUUUUGAAAAAUAAAUUUGUUUUUUUAAUUAUUUUUUAUAGAUUUAUUUUAUUUAUAACAUCUCUCAAUCCUAGAAAUGAUAUAAGAUAUAUAAGAUCCUUUUAUUAUAUCAGAAUGUCAACGUUUAGACACAGGAUUAAAAUAAUAAAAAGAUCAAUUUUAUUUAACAGAAAAAAAAAUUUUCU